AUGUACGGCUGCACACCCGGAGGUGCUGAGUUCGAGUCCCGGGUCGGCCAAAGUUUAGUUAUUCAGUCUUUCUAUAUAGUAAGCCUCAGUAACAGCCCGGAGUUGGGAAGUUGGCGGUGCCUCGGAGAGCACGUAAAGCCGUCGGUCCUACGCCUUAACUCUCACUGGUCGUGUCGAGCGGUCGUCCCACCGGAGUAUGAGAGUGACAGGAAUAGAGAGUGCACGUUGCGUCUGCGCGUACAUUUGUGCACUAUAAUAUCUCCUGCGCAGUUGGCUAGUCUCAAUGAGACUGGCCGCCGUGGCCGGAAUCGGUCAGGAGAA